GGUCGGACAUCGUGCUCCAUAUUCGCUCGCCCCUCGUUUGCUGGCGCGAUGUGCGCUGUUUCCGCUGCGCCACGUGAUCUUUGUCAGCAGCCGCCUGAUUUGUCCGUCUGUCCGCAACCCGCAAAAUUGCCUCCGGGAGCUCUCGACACCCUCCUUUCCCUCCUGUCCAUCGAACAUCAAAAUACCCUGGCCCCGCCAGCAGCCCCGCCGAAAGCAGCCCGUCGCACCCGUCGCAUCCCACAUCCUCCUCCGAAGAGACAAAAAGAGUCCUGGACACAAUGGAAUCUGCACAGAACGUCUACCAAUACAACGUCCAGAUGACCUGCUCUGGCUGCAGCGGCGCCGUCAGCCGCAUCCUGACCAAGACCCCCGGUGUCGACAAGUUCGAAGUCAAUCUCGAGAAGCAGCUGGUGACCGUGACGGCGUCGAUCCCGAAGGAGGCCGUUCUGGAGGCCAUCCGCAAGAGCGGCAAGCCCGUUACCGCACUCUAAGCUGGCCGGCCGGCCGGCCGGCCGGCUGGCUGGCUGAUCAAGUCCAAGUCCUAUUCCAAGUCCUAUUCCAAAGCCUAUUCCAGUUCCAUGCCCAGUUCCAUGCCCAGUUCCACGUCCAGGCCCAAGUUUGCUUCACUUGUUGCUGCGGAGCAUUCUGAACCCAGUUGACGUGUGCGGGUCAUGACGGAGUGGAUCCAUACUGUUGAGUUGAUAUCGGCUGAAUACAUGAGCCAUUGGAUCAUUCGCCUCA